AUGCCUCAAUACAUGCAGCACUUGAUCAGGUGGUUGGCAGCCAGUGCUGUGGCACAUGCAUCACCUUAUGUCUCAGUUCCGUCAGAGGUCCCAGCCGACGCGUCGGGCAUCGUUGACCCUGACUUCGCCGGAUUUGCGUUCGAGCAGGCCUCUCUCUGGAACUAUGCGCUAGAUCUGGACGGCAACCCGAACGUCUUCUCCCAGAACCUCAUUGCCGAGAUCACCAAGCGCACAGGUGGAAAACCUCUGAUCAGACUCGGCGGCACCAGUGCCGACUACGCGUUCUAUCUUGAGAACCAGACCACGCCAGCCGAGCCCAGAGCUGAGGUCUACAAUUAUCAAGACAUUGGAGGUACCAGAAUCGGCCCAUCGUAUUGGGACCUAUGCCUCAAUUUCCCAGACGCGCUGUAUAUUAUCCAAACCCCGCUUGCCAUCACCGAUGUUAGCGAGACAGUGCGCUGGGCAACAAGUGCCGUGGAGCACAUUGGCAUCGACAAAAUUCAUUCCCUAGAGCCUGGGAAUGAACCUGACCUCUAUCCCUUUCCCACUCUGAGGCCGCCGACCUAUCAAGGCCAGCAAGACAAUGAAUCUUAUGUUGGCAAUUUCACAACUUACGCCCGAGCCAUCAUUGAUGCGGUGGAUAUACUACCGUCCGAACCUUUCUUCCAGGCCUUUGACACCAGUGCCCACUUCUUCUUCGAGGAUGCUUACAUCCUCGAUGUGCCCACAGGAUUUGGCCUCGGCAUUGACGAGAACAACAUCGUCAAGACGGUCGCGCACCACUAUUAUCAAACUGACUGCUGCGGUACCGCGGCAGACCUUGCUACUGGCUUGAUGUCUCACAGCGCAAUAAGUGGUCGAUUGGAUCUUUUCAGGCCAGCGAUCGACUGGCUGAAGCAGAACAAGCCCCAUAUUCCUUAUAUAAUGUCAGAGAUAGGUAACUCCUUGAACCCGACGCAUGACUACUCCUACCAGGCCGUUCUCGGCUCCGCACUCUGGCAGGUCGACUUCCAGCUCUACAGCCUCUGCAUUGGAAUUGCCCGAUUCAACUUUCAGCAAAUUAUGCACAGCGGGUUCGACCUGUGGCUUCCCGUCGCCUCGGGGGACUCUGAGGCACAAGUCUUUGCCAGCUAUUACGCGCAGCCGUUUGUGACAGACUUUGUCGGUAGCAGCGGCAGGGCCCGUGUCUCACAGCUUAAUAUCACGGGCGAACCUACUGGUAAUUGGGCCGGUUAUGCGGCUUUCGAAGAUGGGAUACCAAAGAGACUGGCCUUUGUGAAUCUGAACUACUGGAAUAGCUCAAGCUCGACGACAGAAAGAGGGAGUCAAACAAUUACGGUCGCAUUGCCAGCUGGCGCCACUAGCGUGACGGUAGACUUGCUUAGUAGCCCGUUGGGUGCUGGGGCGAGUGCUAAUACGAUCACAUACGGGGGGAGCCAGUGGACUUAUGAGAGCCUGGGCAAGGAGGUUACUGGUGUCAGAAAUGACACUCAGACACUGGCUGUGGAAGAUGGGGAGGUUAAAAUCACCAUCUACCAGAGUUCUGCGGUUCUAGUGCACCUGACAGCCUGA